CCUGCCGGAGCCUCUAUAAAAGAGGCGGCCGCCGGAAGCUGCCUUCAGACGCCGGAAUGGCGCUGAGGGGGAAGUUAAUUGCUGUACUCGGGGACGAGGAUACCUGCACUGGGUUCCUGCUCGGCGGUAUCGGAGAGUUAAACAAGAACCGCCGGCCCAACUUCCUGGUGGUGGAGAAGGAGACGAGCGUGACCGAGAUCGAAGAGACCUUCAAGAGUUUCUUGAGCCGUGAUGACAUUGGGAUCAUCCUGAUCAAUCAGUACAUUGCAGAAAUGAUUCGUCACGUCAUUGAUGCCCAUACUCUCUCCAUUCCUGCUGUGUUGGAAAUCCCUUCCAAGGAGCACCCGUAUGAUGCAUCCAAGGACUCCAUCCUGCGCCGUGCUAAGGGAAUGUUCAGUACUGAUGACUUCCGGUAGCCGGACUUGCUUGGAGCUGUUCACUCCAGUCUUGCCUCGCUUUUGUGUAGUCUUGUAAUGUAGUGUGCAAAGCAUGGAGUCUGCUUUCAAAUCAAUCAUUCCCCAUGGAAAGUUGUCUUCCCCACUCCUGAGAUGACUGUCCCAACCCAGAGCUUUGGUGUGCUGGUUGCCAAGAUGUUUCUGUUCUCCUGGAGUAGUGUUACCAUCACCAGUAAUAGGAUGUGAACUUCUGUUGAUUUUUUUUUUUGCAUUUGUCCUGCACUGUUACUGCCCUAGAUGUAUUUGAUGGAUUGUUUGUAGAGGAAAGAUUACUCUUCUGUCAUGUUUAAUUGUAUCAUUUGAUUUUAUUUCUGUUAGAUUAUUGAAGGUUGGACAGAAGGUGACCCCAACCAAUCAGUUUUUUUUAAACAUUCUCCAAGCUGGAAAUGAUUUGGAACUGUUCAUGCAUCAAGCACUGGUACCUGGGCUGAGGGUUGGUGAGAAGCUGGUGUUGUUAUUUAAUAGGUAUACACCACUAAAAACAAUGGUUGAUUACUGAAUCCUCACAUGCACCCUGACCACUCCUAGUUUGUACUGGUUAACAGAUGCUGAAUGCAGUUUCUAUCUGGUUUUGUUGAGUUUUUCUUGUGCCCUUUGAGGAGUUGUUUAUAGUGCUGCUGAGUCCUGAUCUGUACAUCAAUAAAUAAACACCAAGUUCUAUCUUGC